AUUUCUUUAAAUUCAAUUCUUCAUAAUGGACAAGUUCCAGCAAGCUUCUGGUUCUUAUCCAACUAAUGGGUUUGUACCCACUAAUCCCAACCAAGGUGGUCCUAUUCCACCACCACAGUUUCCUUAUAUGUUUUAUGGUCAACAACAACCGCAGAUGGGAACCGUCCUUCCGUCUCAGCCACUACAUCCAAUGAUGCCAAGAUCCAAUAUGAUGAUGAUGGGCGGACCCAUGCCUCCAUAUGGUAUGCCUCCACUACAGUCCAUUCCUGGAUUCCCAAUGACUCAUCCUCAGUCUUCUCCGGACAUGAUACGUCCUCCUAUAUCCAUGAUGCCUCAGAUGAUGCGUCCGCCCAUGAUCCCCGGUGGCCCAAUUCCUCCUCUGCAACACUUGCCUGUCAUGCCUGCCAUGCCUGCUAUGCUAUCGCAUCCAUCCUUGGAGUUUCGUCCAAAACAACUACCUCCAAAACCACUUCCAAUGCCUUCGUCUAAUCUAGUCCCAAAACUACCCGGAUCGGUAGUAUCUGCAACAAAUGGUUCAGUCACUGUUAUGGGUGGUCCUACUGGUGCUCUGGCUCAUCUGAGUGCUAGUGUCACUUCAUCUGCUUUUCAAGAUUUGCUUACUACCGUUUAUGUCGGUCAUAUCGGUCCUUCAAUCUCGGAUGAAAAAAUUCAAAAACUACUCCAGACAUGCGGCGAAAUUCGAUCGUGGAAACAAGGUGUAUCUGAAACAGGAAAAAAACUCGACUUUGGUUUCUGUGUUUAUGAAUCUGCACUUAGCACCAUCAAGGCUAUUCUUUAUUUAGGUGGUGGAAACAUUAAAAGCAUCACUGAACUUCACGAUAAACCAGUUCAUCCCAUCCAGGCUGAUCUUGACACUGAAAUCUCCAAUGUGACUGCUGAAACCACUACCCCCUUUGUGGUGCGGUUUGGAAUGGAUACUCCUCUCAUUGUUACAGCUGAUGAAAUCACAAAGGCCCAUUUGCGAACAAUCAAAACGGGUGAACAAGACAUUGAGGAUGAUCCUUCUCACGCAGAACAGAUGCGCAAAACUAUUCAGGAUUGUUUACAAGAUAUUUUCAUGUCAGAAACACACGAUUUUCUUGAUCGUUUAGAUGAAGAUGUUCAAACAUCUCACGCCUCAAAACGGUCUCGUGUCUCGAGUCAACCUAAACAAGAUCCAUCUGAAUCCAAUCUAGACGAAAUUGAUAUGGAAGCACUUGAAAAAGCAUCUAUUGAGGCUGAUCAAAUUGAACAGCGACGUGCUGAACGGAGAGAGCAGGAUCGAAUGGCUACCCUUCAAGAACGACAACGGCGCUGGGAAAAUAGCGAGGCUGGACGUUUGCGUCGAAUCGAAGCAGAUGAAAGUACAGAUGCUGCAAAUGAAACUCGGCGGAUUCAUGCUCGAGAAUUCAUUUCUAAACGACUCGCCGAAUACGAUGAUGAUAUAGAGCGUGAAAAAGGAAGUGACGAGUUCUAUCGCGAUCGAUCGAGAUGGAUUGAUCGCAGAAGUCGAGAUCGUCAACGUGAAGCCGAAUUAGAUGACCGUGAUCGAGCAAUGGAGGAGUCGGAGAGAGCCUUUGCCAACGAACACGAGCGCGAAUCUGCUGCUCGUGUCGAAGCAAAUACAGCGUCGGGUGUCAUUGUCAGUCGCAUCAUGACCAAAGAUGAACGAAUCGAAGCCAUUCAAGCACUUGUUGCAAAUAUUCCUGCUGAGCGUGAUGGGUUGUGGGCAUGGCCCAUCAAGUGGAAGUUCUUGGACGAGACAAUUGUAGAUGUCAAACUACGACCAUUUCUCAAACGCAAGAUUGUCGAGUAUGUGGGUGAUGAAGAAACCGAUCUGACUGAAUUUAUUCUUGAAAAAAUCAAAAAACAAGACAGUGCACAAUCAGUUUUGGAAGAGCUCGAAGCUGUUCUGGAUGAUGAGACUGAAGUAUUUGUAAUGAAGUUGUGGCGGAUGGUGAUUUACGAAACUGAAGCGCGUGCACAAGGUCUGUAACCUUCAUAUAUCCCUUGUAUACAUCCCAAGGCGCAUGGAUUCAAUUCGGAAACCUCUUGGUAAGAUUGGGUUCAUGCAGUGCAUCAAAUAUUGCUACGCAACAAGAAUAAAGACUAUAUAUAACAU